UUCCAGAUGUUCUGGGCUACAGUUGUGUUGGCUGAGACUACUGGGAUCUUCUCCACUGGAAAGCUUAAAUAAGGGGAGGACUUGAACUUUGUCUAGUUGUGGGGAGAAGACAUGAGUAUGCAGUCCUAUAAAUACUAGGUAUAUUUCAUAAAUUGGGCAAAUUUGGUAUGUGCUUAUUAGAAAUAAUGUGAGUCGCUGAUAAUGGCUGAUUCUUAGCCUUUGCUCUCAUCAACAAUACUAUCUGUUUAUAUAUGCUUGCCAGGAGUGGGAGGGAGCAGUAUAAAAGAGAGCUAACAUUUUGUCCCAUUACCAAAAUAAUUUCCGAUUUUAAAAAUGGGGGUGGGGAGAGAAGAUACAAGAGAGUUGUCUUUAUGCUGGUUUGGAUGGCUAUAUGUUGAAAAGAAUUGGAAAUAAAAUUGGAAACAGUGCCAGUCCCGCAAGAGAAGUAAGUGGAAGGUAUUCAUAGUUAUUGAAUUUCAUGCUCUUGUGAUAAUGCAAACUGUUCCUUAAUGUACAAUGACCAUAAGUAUUAACCUAGUACCCAGUGCAUCAGUAUGAACUUGGAACACCGUUCUGUUCUACCUUGCAGGGAAGUGAUCAUCACACACACACACACACACACCAAGGUGAUCAAUGCCCCUUCUCUAAGAAGGGUGACCCAGCUGCAGUAUAAUAAGUGAUACUGCAUGAGUUUACCCUAGUAUCUCUAUUUAUCUUCCUCUCUCAUACAGCUAAUUCAUAUGGCCAAAAACAAAUCCUCACCUCCCAAAUCUAAUAGACGCAACAGUGACUAUAACUGGCACCUUAAUAAUGAGGUCAUCUGAACAUACUUUGGGUUGGUCAUAUCUAGAAGAAGACAUAGUUCCUGUACCUGGAUAAAUAUGAAAAAGGAGAUUCUAUUAAUUGCAGUUUUUCUUCAUUACAAGCUCCACUUGCCCAAAUCCUCUCUUCAUAAUUAUUUAAAGGUACCUGCCUCUGCCUGCUACAAAUUUGCUUUUACAUAAAGCUGGUGAAAGGGAAGCUGUGUAAAACCUGGUGGCCCACUUCUCCCUAUCCAGUUCUAGGGUUUAUCCCAGGUCUCACCCCUACCCAGCUAGGUCACACUGCCCAUGCUCUGCACCCUCCUUGAAUGCUUUUAUCUGGCUGAAGUGUGUCCCUGACCAAUGGCAAUGCUUCUUGCUUUCCUGGAUGGAGUAUGGUGUGUGUGUCAUCUGCAACACAACCCACCCUACAAAGUUGCGUCCAUAGCUCCCUUCACGUUUGCCUCAGGCUGCCCACACGCGUUGUUUUUUGCCUUGCCCACAACUGGCAUGUGGCUCUCAGAAAGUUGCCCAUGAGGGCCUUGAGGGGCGGGGAGAGUCCCCCCUGGCAUUAAUUUUAAAAACCCAAAAACCGAUUCAGUAUUAGGAUUCGGAGUAAAAACCAGGCAAGCUCAGAGCCAGCUCGUGUUUGUUCUGGGUGUGGAAGGGGGCAGGAAUUCGGUUCGCUUGUACUCCAGCUAGGAUUCUGACCCCUUUAUUUUCAGGCGGUGGGGAUUGAAGCCACCUCACUUCUUUGUCACCACAGGAGGAUCUUCUGAAUCUGGCCCCAAUUGGGAAGUAAACCACCCCGCUGCCCGCCUCUCUAAACAAGGACUUUGCGAUCUCCUAUCCUGCGGGGAGGGAGGGAGGCGCCUUUUUGGGAAAGAACCGUCUCUCUCCACCCAAACCCCCGCAGGUGCCUCUGCUCUCCAACGGAGGCGCUGUUGUUUCCCCUCGCCAGGCGGACUCCACGGCCGCGGGCUUCCACCGCCUCGGCCUCCUUCAUUCGAGCUCGGCCGGGAAGGAGACAUGGCCUCGCGGCGGGUCGAGCUGGGCUUCGCGGAGGAGGCGGCGGCCUGGCGGCUGCGCAGCAAACAUUUCCCUUGCAAAGUGGGCGGCAGGCCGGCGUGGCUGGGGGAGGCGGGCUUGCCGGGCCCCGCCGAGCUGCAGUGCGGCGCGUGCGGGGAGCCGCUCGCCUUCCUGCUGCAGCUCUACGCGCCUCGGCAGGGCCGGCCCGACGCUUUCCACAGGAGCGUCUUCCUCUUCGGCUGCCGCCGGCCCGCCUGCUACCGCCUCGCCGGCCCCUCCCCGGGCAGCCUGAGAGUUUUUAGGAAUCAAUUACCAAGGAAGAAUGACACUUACUCUUAUGAUCCACCCCGGGAAGAGCCACCCCACGAAGAGCCGAUUUGUGCAAAUCUACAGCUAAAAUGUGGAACAAAGCUAUGCCGAGUCUGUGGGUGUUUGGGAAGCAAAACAUGCUCCAAAUGCCACAAGGCUCAUUACUGUAGCAAAGACCAUCAAGUUAAGGACUGGAAAGCAGGGCAUAAGCUUUCAUGCUUGCAUUCUGAUGAAGCACCAGAUUCUCUAGAUGAGACUUCAUUGGAAGCAAUGGCAAAACACGAAACCCAAGAUGACAAGAUUUUUCAGAAGUUUAAAGAGAAAAUUUCUUCGGAACCAGAACAGAUUAUCAGAUACUGUAGAGAUGGAGAAGGCCCACUCUGGAUUUCUGCAGAAAACAUUCCUCAGGAGACGGACAUCCCCAACUGUUUAUGUGGUAGUAAGAGAGUAUUUGAAUUCCAGAUUAUGCCACAACUUCUGAAUCACCUAAAAGUUGACAGCCUUGGAGAAAGCAUCGACUGGGGAACACUAGCUAUUUAUACAUGUGCCGACAGCUGUAAUAGAGGCAACCACUAUACCGAAGAAUUCGUCUGGAAGCAGGAUAUUUCUAGCACUAUUUAAUAUCUACAAAAUUUAAACGGCAGGACAUUUAACUCCGCAUCAUUAAAAUAUCUCACUUCAUAACUAAUCCCGUAAUUGUGUUUAUUACCCUUGGGACAUCUACACAAAACAUGGAUAAAACAAAAGAAGCAAGCGCUUAUCCAGUGUGAGAUGAUAACAGUUCCCCUUUUGUUUUAAUAAAACCAUUAGCUAAGGUAGCUUUAUUAUACUGUAGUGAAACUUUGCCAUGCCUGCAGCUAGAUAAGAUUUUUCAGACAGUCGUCUUAUUUUUAUACCUUUAAUUUUAGAGCUAGACUCCUCCAAAGCGUCCCCCUAUGCUCAAUAAAAAAACAAACUUCCCUCCACCAUGGAGGUAACUGGGUGUGCCAUAUGAUCAGGUGUUUAAAUGGUGCUCCCCAUUUUAAAUUGUUCUUAUCCCUAUAGGGCUGAAAGCCUGCUCCAGCACUACAUGAAUUGACCACCAGUUCCAGAAAAUGUAUGAACUAAGCUAUAGCUUAUAUGCUAAACUUUUUUUUAAAAGAUAAGAAACAUACAGAAAGGAAUUUAAAAGGCAAAACACAUUGCUUUAAUACUGGAUUGUUAAGAAAUCUUAUAAAAACCAAUUCAAUACACUGAAAGCUACAAGCAUGCAUUUAGCACAUUAAAACAGCAGCAGAAGCCAAUCAGGUUAAUCACAGGCAUUUACUCUUCAAAUUCUUUCCCCAAUUUUCAAAAGCAGCAUGUAUUAUACAUUUAGAACUAAAAAAAAUUGCUUCCCAAAUAGAGGAAUAUGUAUACAACCAUCAGUUUUCAUUAGCAACUUUCUAUCCUGCUGAAUACUGAAAACAGGGAAUGUGAAAGGUGGUCUAAAAAUGUAGAAUCAAAGUUUCUGAUCAUAAUAUUCAUGGUUGAAAGAAUACUGUAAGAAAACUGUUAAAUGUUGAGUAACACGGUUUAACCAAUUUGCCAGCGUAAGGUUUCCGAUUUUUUUAAAAAAUAGUUGUUAAAACUGUUUAAAAGCUAGAAAUAUAAAUAAGUUGAGUUGUUUCUCCAAGGAGAUCCGAGUGAAGCAACUCACGGUAACUCAGUAUAGACGUAACACAAACACCCUCCCCAUGGAGAUCUGGUAAUUAGGCACUAACUGAGAAAAUGUUCCAAGGCCUGAUGCUGCAGUCUGUAAGUCUCCUUUUACAGCUGUGCCAUAAUCAGUAACUUUAAAAAUGUUCCCCAACGUCUUGGAUAAGCACGAGGAACUGUUACGUUGUCUUUCUGAAUCCUUUUAAAAUAGGAUAUAUAUUUUCAAAUGCUUCGUAGAUUUCAGCUCUGACUUUUGCACCUAGAAGACAAAGCACUAGUUAUACAAUCACUUAAAAAACAAAAAUAAAAACCUUACAAUGCCCCCCCUUUUUUUUACAGAGCAUGAGGCAGGGUCUCUGGUUUAUUCUUUUCCUGUAAUAUGGACAGGAAAAAGGAGGAAGUGCAUGGCUGAAAUCUCUUAUUUGUGCAGUAGGUUCAUAGUUGUAGACUCUUAGAAGAGUUCAUCAACAGAAGUUGUAGCACAUUUGCAAUCCCAAAACACCAACACUUCAAAAAAUGACUAAGCCGACAUUAAAAUAAUUUGGAUUUUCUUGAAAUCAUUACUAUUAGGCACCCCUGUUGGCACUACAAUUUAACUCAAUGCAGAAAUGUCAUAUGUAACUUACCUGUUAAAACUACCUUCCCAGAAACAAAUAUAAGCAGGACAAUUCUUGGCUUGAUCAUUCUGUAAAUUAAACCAGGAAACAAUUCUGGCUCAUAACUGGAAGAAAAGAGUAAACAGGUAAAAUCUUUAAAGGAAACUUAAGCUAAUGUGGCUAAUGUGGGUUGAUUGCGAUGUCUGUAAGUAAAAGUCAUUUUAUUUCUCUUGCCACAAGUUAAUUUUUGCUAUUACUAAAUUUUGUGGCUGAUAUAACAAAGCAGACAUUUCCAGCAAAAUAUAUGACCUAUUUUGUAUAAGAAUGACAAAGCUAACUGGUGAACCAUCUCCUGUUUCAAGCUCUUUAUGGGGAGCUGACAUUUAAAAAGGUUUUCAUACAGAUUUCAUUUCUCUGGCUGCUCAGCUAGCAAUGUACACCAUUGCUCCCCAAGACUUCAUGAGACCAGUCUAUUCCCCCCCCUCUUUUUGAGAGACACUUGUUUGUAAACGACCAGCUCAUUUAAAAUACAGCUAUAUAC